AUGUCGUCAGCCGCCUCCCGCGCGCCUCAGCGCUUCGACGCGGCGUCGGCGGCGCACCGGCAGUGGCUCAGCCGCAUCAAGUGCUUCCUCUUUGACAUUGACGGCGUGAUACACACCACCGCCGGCGCAGUGCCUGGCGCCGCAUCUGCUCUCUCGGCGCUCCGCCAGGCAGGUGUUGGUGUGCGCUUCCUGACCAACAAUGCCGGAAAACCAUCGGAGACUAUCCCGGCCAUAGGAAAGUCUCCGGCGAUGGUGGCGGCCGAGUUUGAGAAGCUCGGCAUCGAUGCCAGCACGUCUGAGAUCACCACGUCCGCCUGCGUCGCGGGCGACUACCUCUCUAGCAAGGGCGUGGAGGGCAGCUAUGUGUACGUGAUUGGCGAGCCGGCGCUGAUGAGCAUGCUCAGCGAGCGUGCCGGCGUCCGACCGAUCGGCGGCCCCGACGACGCCGGCAAGUCCAAGCGCACGUUGCAGCACUCGAUCGCGACGCUCGACCCGCCCGCCGGCGACGUAUCGGCUGUGGUUGUCGGCGCGGACGGCGACAUCUCGUACUAUAAGGUUGCAAAGGCGGCUGCGUACCUCCUCGGCAACCCACGCUGCCUCUUCGUCUCCACCAACCCAGACCCUGCGUACAGUUUCGCGCCGCGCCGCGACGCUGGCACCGGCCGGCGGCGUGUGGGCGCGCUGUGUGGCGAUGACGAGCGGGCGAGAGCCCGACAUCGCAAGCCGAGCCGCUCCCUCGGGAAGCACAUGCUGUCGGCGUACGGCCUCGACCCAGCCACCACUUGCAUGGUGGGCGACCGCGUCGACACGGACAUAGAGUUUGGGCGCGCCGCCGGGAUGCACACUCUCUUCGUCGAGUCGGGCACCACCACGGCCGAGGCGGCGGCGGCCGCUGGCCCGGAACAGCGGCCGGACUUCAUCGCCGAGUCGAUCGCGGUGCUCGAGGCGGCGCUGGUGGGGGAGGCCGCCUCAGACUGA